UCCCGCGUUAAAGCCUUCCGCAGCGGAAACGACGUUUGAAGUCGCGCCAUUGGCGACCUGUCUUCAUCUCCCUCGAAUGGGUUUUGGGUCGAAGGAUCCAUCUGUGGCGAUGCUGGAUUUUCUCCGGCAAGUCGGUGGCUGCGCGGUGGUGGACGGGGGGCUGGCAACGGAGCUCGAGGCACAUGGCGCCGACCUCAACGAUCCUCUAUGGAGCGCCAAGUGUCUUGUCAGCUCUCCCGAUCUCAUCCGCAAGGUUCAUUUGGACUACCUUAUUGCAGGUGCAAACAUUAUAAUUUCAGCAUCCUAUCAGGCCACAAUUCAGGGCUUUGAAGCUCGAGGAUUUUCCAAAGAAGAAAGUGAAGCAUUAAUGUUUAAAAGUGUCAAAAUUGCUUGUGAAGCUCGGGAUAUAUUUCACAAUAUUCAUCCUAAUGGUCCAUAUACUUUAGGUGCGGGCAAAGCCAGCUUAAGAAAACAGCCUAUUCUGGUUGCAGCUUCCAUUGGAAGCUAUGGAGCAUUUCUAGCAAACGGUUCUGAAUAUAGUGGAGACUAUGGAAAAGAAGAAACUUUGCAAACUUUGAAAGAUUUUCAUAGGAGAAGGCUGCAGGUUCUUGCAGAAUCUGGUGCUGAUCUGAUUGCUUUCGAAACAAUUCCAAAUAAAAUUGAAGCUCAGGCUUAUGUCGAGCUUCUCGAAGAGAAUAACAUCAGGAUUCCUGCUUGGUUUUCUUUUAGCGCUAAAGAUGAAAAUAAUGUUGUUAGUGGAGAUUCGAUACUGGUGUGUGCUGCUGUCGCUAAUGCAUGUGAGAAGGUUGUUGCAGUUGGUAUCAACUGCACUCCCCCAAGAUAUAUUCAUGGGCUAAUUCUUUCUAUCAGGAAGGCCACAGAUAAACCAAUUGUAAUAUAUCCUAACAGCGGGGAGCGAUAUGAUGCAGAUAGGAAGGAAUGGGUGGCAUCAUCCGGCAUUAGUGAUGAGGAUUUUGUCUCCUAUGUGAGCAAGUGGAGGGAGGCUGGUGCCUCUCUUAUUGGGGGAUGCUGCAGGACGACUCCUAGAACUAUCAGAGGCAUAGCUGAAGCAUUGUCCAAGGUUCAACCAGUUCCUUAAGAUGCCUUAGCAUAAGAUCGAGAAAAUUUCUAGGAGUUGAACAUAUGAAUUAACUCUUGAGCUAAAUCAAUAAAAAUAUGCUAUGUCUAUUUCAUUCUGACUAACACCUCAGGCGUAGAAAUUUCUAUUUAUUGUUUCUAGAUUUUUUUUUUUGCUAUUAUGCAAAAUAAAUAUGUUAAU